AUGCCACGGGCACCCGUCGCAGGCACUUCCGCCAUUUCCUCUCCGUCCAAUCAGCGAGGUCGGCUGGCGCCCCGACUCCGGAAGGAUUCGGCCCGGCUGCCGGAUGUGACGCCAUGGCCAAGGCGUGCAGAAGACCGCGGAGAGAAGGGCCCAUUCGUAGAUUUGGCAGUCAGUGACAGAGCCCGGAGCCUUCGGCCCGAGCGACCGCGGCAGCACCAUGCCUGCACUUCUGGAGCGCCCCAAGCUUUCCAACGCCAUGGCCCGGGCGUUGCACCGACACAUCAUGAUGGAGAGGGAGCGCAAGCGGCAGGAGGAAGAAGAGGUGGACAAGAUGAUGGAACAGAAAAUGAAAGAGGAGCAGGAGAGAAGGAAGAAAAAGGAGAUGGAAGAGAGAAUGUCACUAGAGGAGACCAAGGAACAAAUCUUGAAAUUGCAGGAGAAGCUUUUGGCCCUUCAGGAGGAAAAGCACCAGCUUUUCCUGCAACUCAAGAAAGUUCUACACGAGGAAGAAAAACGGAGGCGAAAGGAGCAGAGUGACCUGACCACUCUUACAUCAGCGGCAUACCAGCAGAGCCUAACAGUUCACACAGGAACUCACCUCCUCAGCAUGCAGGGAAGCCCUGGAGGACACAAUCGCCCAGGUACCCUUAUGGCAGCUGACAGAGCCAAACAGAUGUUUGGACCCCAAGUGCUUACAACCCGGCACUACGUGGGCUCAGCAGCUGCUUUUGCAGGGACCCCAGAGCAUGGGCAAUUCCAAGGCAGUCCAGGCGGCGCCUAUGGGACUGCUCAGCCCCCUCCUCACUAUGGACCCACGCAGCCUGCCUACAGUCCUAGUCAGCAGCUCAGAGCACCUUCAGCGUUUCCUGCAGUGCAGUACCUGUCUCAGCCACAGCCACAGCCCUAUGCCGUGCACAGCCACUUUCAGCCUACCCAGACAGGGUUCCUCCAGCCCAGUGGUGCCCUGUCCUUGCAAAAGCAGAUGGAACAUGCUAACCAGCAGACUGGCUUCACUGACUCCUCCUCCCUGCGCCCCAUGCACCCCCAAGCUCUGCAUCCAGCUCCUGGACUCCUUGCCUCCCCCCAGCUCCCUGUGCAGAUGCAACCAGCAGGAAAGUCAGGCUUUGCAGCAACCAGCCAACCUGGCCCCCGGCUCCCCUUCAUCCAGCACAGCCAGAACCCACGAUUCUACCACAAGUGACCAUCAGAUUUUAUCUUCAGCUUCACCCCCAGCCCUGCCAUGGGUGAGGGUCCCCAGUAUGUCCCAGUCCCAGGACAAUAAAAUCUACCUGCUACUGCCUCUG